AUGAAGAUCAACAUCGCCACCUUCGCCACGGCUUUCGCGGCUCUUACGGUCUCUGCGCAAGCGGCCUACUGCCCUCCUAGAUCUGCGAGUCCAAGCGAGCAGCGACUUAUCUUUGCCGAGUUUUACCAGAAACUCUAUACCGACAUGAACGCCACCCAAGCCCUCAUCGACCACAUGGCAGAGGAUUACAUCCAGCACAACCCGUAUGCACUCUCGGGUCUCAACAAUUCGAUCGAAGCAUUGUCAUUUGUCACUCCGGAGACGGUAAAGUUCAACGUCACAUUCAGUGGUAUUGAUGGGGACUUGGCUUUUGUAUACUUGAGAAUGGACAUUGCUGCAGAGCCACGUCCGAGAGCGGUGGUUGAUCUAUUCCGGUUCAACGGGUCGUGCAUUCAGGAGCAUUGGGACGUUAUGCAGGAGAGACCGGACAACGCCACAAACCCUCUGGAUAUGUGGUAG